AUGAGGGCGACUCCCGCCACCCCCGAGGAUGCCCCUCACCAGCCGCCUGCACAUGCGAAGCUACAGGCCCACGACAUGGAGCACGACGGGCUCACUCCGUGUGAAAACAAUGGGGCUUUGGCAAACAUGGCGACCGUAGAAGGGGCGGUGUCUUUCGGGGGAGCACCCUUCUUCGCGGGAGCAGACAGUACCUCCACCCCAGAGAAAGAAGCCCAAGGAGCGCCACAAGAAGAAAGGAGCGCGCAUGAAGAACGCAGACCAAGGGCCUCCACCUCUUCCGUAGUCUCUCUGAUGUCGCAAGAUGGCGAGGGGGCAGAGAGUUCUUCCACCCCAGGCGAGGGAGAAAAGCGCCUUUCAGCCCGCCCCCGCAGAGCAGCAUCCUUCAGAAGCAAACGGGCAACAGCAGCAGAAGCGGCGGCAGCGGCUGCUUCAACACCGCCCCCUGUGCCAGCAAGGUAUCGAGAGGAGCUCCAAAAAGUCGACGAAAGCAUCACAGAAAUACUCGAUAAAGGACUUCCUGAUACCGGCCUACUCUCUCAUCGUGAAGCGUAUUUAAAGAUAAAAAGGGAGAUCGGAUUCCCCGAAGGGGAGGAAGAAAAGGAAGGGGAAGAAGAACAGCCCCCAGGAAGCGGACUCGUGCUGUCUCUGCAGCGGCUCUUACGGAUACUGUGCGAGGGUUCUCCCCUCCCCCUAUCUGCCCUUGCAGAGGCCGCUACCAAAGCCCUUGCAGACCCUGGGCCGAAUGAAGAUGCUCCCGUGUUCAAUGUGGAUCCUCAGAGCCUCAAAGUUGAAUUGCCCAUCCUGUUGAACCGCCGACGCUUCGGGCUGGUGCGCCCCCUGAACGCCGAAGGCGCUCCCCAAGGGGCCUCCCGGGGGCCCCCGCAGGGGCCUCUGGAGGAUACAGCGCCUCACAAAUUUUGGGUUUGGGAGUGCGUGGUUUUGGACGGACUGCCUGCAGCCUUCAAAGAGGCAGCCCGUAAGGAGAGAGAGGGCAGACAGAACUUGAAUCGUCGGUUGCGAGCUUUUGAGAAACUCAGAGACGCGCUGUGCGGAGGCGUCGAAACCGAGCUUGCGGCAGCCAGAGAGCGCGUGCAGCAGCAGCUGGAGAGGGAGGCCGCUGCGGCGGAGAGGAAGCAGCAGCAGGAGCACAAGCGACGGCAAAUCGAGUAUGCCAGACAGGAGAGGGAGCGUGGCAGGAGGCAGCGAGAGGAGCAGAGGGAGGAGCAGAAGAGGCUGAAGGAGGCUGAGCGCGAGAAGCGGGAACGCGAGCGACUCGAGAAGGAGAAGGAAAAGGAGGAGCAGCGGUUGCAAAAGCUGCAACAGCAAGCAGAAAAGCAAAAAGAGAAGAAAGCAGACCCCAGCGUCAACAGGCAGCAGAGCUUGAUGGCUUCGUGGCUUCGGCGUCCUGCGCCGUCGCUCGCGGGGAGCCUUCAGAGACUCGCUGCUGGGGUGGAAGUUCAGGCUGGCGAUAAGAACAAGCGAGGCUGCUCGCUUGCCGCGCGUGGGCAGGCGGGGAUAAACGGGGAAGGAGGGGCAGCAGUUGUUGUCGUGCUUGACGAGCAGGAGCAAGCGGCAAUGCGAGAGAAGGCGGCGCUGCGUAAAGCGGCCGAAUCGGAGGCUGCCUCCUGGCGAGCCAGCAGUGACGAACGCGAUGGAUUUAUUGCAGCUGUUGAGGGCCUGGCUAGAUGCGCAAUGCAGCGGCACCGCCACGUGAACGCAAGCGAUCUUCCGCAGCUGCCAGAGGGUAAAUUUUUUCGCGUUGGUGGGGAGUGGAGGUAGAGAACCUAUUUGCAGUUUCAGGAGGGUGAGCCCUCCUGUCUGCUGCGGCAGUUUUUGCAUAAGCAUGCGAUGCCUGCGCGUGAACGUCUUCGCGAGUUUCUCUCCUUUUGCGCGGAGCAUCGCCGUUUCGUGCAUAAAAUUUCUCUGCAACAGACCUCUAGCGGCUCUGCGGGGCUGUCCACUGAAGCAGACGGCAGCAGCAGCAGCAGCGGCAGCGGUGGGGGGUACAGACAGACGGCAGCAGACGUGAGGAGAGGCCUCACGCUGACGGAUUACUGCGCGGAGUCUUUGCCUGACGCGCCAUUUCUUCGACCGACAUGGAUUGCCCUUGAUGAGUGGAAGAGGCCUGUGCGGAGGCUUUUGAUGGCGAAACAGGCAAAGACAGCAAGUUCGUGCGAGCAGUGGGCAGAGGAGAGUUGCAUCGAUUAUGAACGAGACAGCGACGAUGAAUGGUUCGAAUGUUUCGACGCGGAUGAUCUCGAGGACGCUAAGGAGGAGGAGGAGGAGGAGGAAGUAGAGGGGGAAGAUGACAGAGACUGGCUGGAAGAAGACGAGGAGGCCAAAGAAAAACUCCUUGUUACGCCCGCUAUGAAAUUUGAGUCCUUCCUACAGUGGAGCUUCACGUUCGACGGGGAGCCGAAGGCGAAUGAGUCAGACCUUUCGCUACCGCUCCUACCCAUUCCAACGUUGAAGGACCGCAAUUGGUGUUCUGCCUAUGGCUGUAUCGGCGACGAUUGGGGAGGCAACCCCUUCUCCCGACUCGAUGCCCUUCCAACGCAUGCGCGUCGCAAGUGGUCAGAUGAAGACAGCAUUAAUCUACUCAAGUUUUUCCAUGGCAAAACCGUCGGAAAGCUCAAGAACAUCCCGGAGUUUCAGAGAGCGAACCGUCAUGUGACGAAAGCUGAGGUUGAGCGGCAGCUGAAGCAGUGCAUGGUCUACGAGCGGCGGCCUGAAGAUAAACAAAGACGUUGGUAUGCAAAAGAGGGUGCCGCACGGGCGUUCAGUUUGGUUGAACAACUGGAGAGCAUUCUGCAGGCUAUACGCACAGAGGAGCGCCUGGCCGAGGCAAAGCAGCAGGAGUUGACGGAGCAGCUGAAAGCUCAGCUGGCGGCUAAUAAUGCGCUCGUUGAAACCAACGAGAAGAAAGAACAGAAUUGCAUUGCCGCAGCAUCAGUGCCAGAUGCAGCCACCCCGGCAGCAACGCCAGCAGCAGGGCAGACAAAGGAUAGGGGUGAGGCAGUGGGUAACCCGUCACCGCCAAGCGCCAACGGCAAAUUACAUGCCUUCUUCGCAAAAUGGUCUGAAUCGGUGGGAGAGUCUCAGCAGCAACACACGCAUGCGGCACCAGCAGCAGAUGCAGCGACGGUGAGUGAAGGUGCAGAGCUUCGCCUCAACUCGAACGUUCAGCAGAGGAGGUCUCUCUCUGUUUCUCCUAGUUCUAUUUUAUGGCCAAGCGGGGUAGACACUGCCUCGGAAGCAGCAGCUGCUGCUGGUAUCGCUGCAACAUCUGCCGCCGCAGCAGCUGCUGCUGCCGCUGGCGAAACCAAUCCGAAAGAUGCUGCACUUGCUGCCCAUGUCGCGGCAGCAGCCCUCCUCGCUGCGAAGCUGGCAAGGGGGGCAGCUGAGCGUAGCGAGGCUACAGAAGCGGCGACUCUAAGUGGCCAGGAAGGUGGAUCUGCCUCAUACAGCACGGAAAACAAGACAUCUCACCAGAAAACACCCACAGUUGCUCCUAUGCUGUGUGGCGCUACAGUAUCUCGCACGACGGCUUCCAGGCGCAGGUCUGCACCCGGAGACUCAAAGGGUGCAGAACUCGCACCGAGUGAGCGAUGCAGUCCAGCAGCUGUCGUGCCGAGCUGCGUUGUGGAUGACGCAGACAAAGUGUCAUCUGGGAAGAGAAUGCGGAAGAGCGCUGUGCCGCAUGACUCAGAGGUGGAUCUGCCGGGAAAUGCAGUGCCGAAACGCGUCAAGCGUCGGCAGUCAGCGGUGACAGCCUCGAUUGCAGUCUCACGAAACAAUUCAACAUGA